AUGCAAUGCGUAAAAUUGCUGGAGAGUUUAGAUAUCCUGGGUCAUGCCGGAAUUUGCGUAGGCACUGAAAAUUCUCAGUUAUUGCAAAAUUCUCUUGUAGUACUGCAAAAAGAAAAUCAUUUUCGAAAAUGUUAUUAUUGGGGUAAAAUUUACGGGAUACAAAACGAUUAUCAUAUCGCUUAUGGAUUUGAAAAAGACUGUAUGGAUGGACAAGUUUAUUAUUAUAGCACGGAUGGUUUCAAUUGGUUGCUUCUACCAAAGGCAAAUAAAUGCGCUCGAUUUUUAACUCCUCUCGCGAUUAAUAAAUUUGAAGGUGAUCCAUCGAUAAUGACAAACGUUUACAACAUAAAUCCCCCGUUUCCGCCAAAUGAGGAUCCCAAGAAGUACUUCGAUGGUCCCAUACCUAAAGAACUGAAAGAGGAAGAUAGACUUGCAGCAAUAGUAGAUCUAAUUAGAGAAGAUGCUGCACUAAUUCCGCGCGGUGCUUGGUUCAAAUGUCCAAACGGUGAGGUGAUCGAAAAUUUGAGUUUCGAAGGACUCAAUUCUGCCGAGAGCACUUAUUUAAAGUCCUAUUUACACGCACGUCCUCCUCAACAAAAAUGGAAUACUAAUUUAUUAACUAGACCUGACUACAAUUACGCAAUUGAUUUCUUAGACACGAUCGACCUCGAUGUCCCACAAGGUUGCUGGAGCCUGCAAGUGCUGCAAGAGAAAAAUCUGGUAAUCUUGCACAGCCUGUACUGGCCCGGCAUGACUUUCUAUCACAAACUGAACAGCCCACAUUAUGGGUCUCUUUAUUUCGGUCAUGGAAAGAAGAAUAUGGACGUCGUCUUUAUGGUUUGAAAAUAAUCGAACAAAGUUUUGUUCCUUAGAUUUAAGAUAAAACUGUAUUAUUCUCCGUUGGUGUCUCCAAUUAAUGGUAAAUAUUAAAUCCUUUUCUUACUGCACGCUAAACCGCAACGUUACUGCGUUAAGAAUUCUUGACGUUCGAGGUCGCCAUAAAUCAGGCCUACCUCGAUUCCAGUUGGUAGGUCGGAGAAUGGUCGGAGUACCUUUUUUUUGCAUCUAUGGUCGAAGAAUUGUUCACUCCUCGCAGGAACGUCGACGCCGACGUACGCCUUCGAGCGUACACGUUGCUACGCGAUUUCUUAAAA